AUGGCAGGGAUGAGCGGCACGGGUGGAGUAGAGGUGCACACCCCGCAGCUCUGGCGACGGUCCCCGGAGUUGCAGCCCACCAGAGAGUUCUUAGUUGCGGGCAUCGGGGAUGAGGCGGGGGCCGCCGCAGGCUCAAAGGAACGGUUGGUGCGUCUCGUUAUGGGGUCGCUGUCGGUGGUGGAUUGGGUGCGCAGCCAGUGGCUGCUUGGCCUCUUCAUAUUGAGUAUUGGCAUGGCAUAUUACCACCCCGUCUCGGCGGACAUGGCCACCAGUGCCUGGACGCGCGUCCUCGUCUUAGUCUCCUUCACACUAAGCGGUGCCUCCUUCCCAGACGUUGACAGGGGCGCCACGCUGCGUUUUAUGGGUCCUGCGAUUACCAUGUUUAUCAUGAGCUUUCUUUUUUCCCCUAUUGUGGGGGUGGGCGUAUACAUGACGCUUCGUAGCAGCAGUGAGACAAACUAUCUAGCGGUGGGUUUAAUGUGCACGUUUUGCUUGCCUCCGUCUGUGAUUCUUUCCGUGGCGGCAGUGCGUUCGUCGCAAGGGAGUGAGGCUCUUUCACAGUACCUCAGUGCGGUUGGUAGUGUGUGUGGCGUUGUCCUCUCCCCGUUGCUAAUGCUGGCAUGCAUGUCAUUGUCCCAUGCAACCAAGUUUCCAAGCACGGCCGAAAUGAUGCUGUUCCACGCAACUGUGAUUGGCCCCUUCUUUUGUGGCGUUAUCGCACAAAAGGUGUUUGGGUGGGUGGCACACCGCCGCAUAGCUGGGGAGGACCGCGAUGUUUUACGCCUCAACAAGGCAGAGUUAGCAUGCUCUGAGUUGUGCAACGGCAGUCUCGUGUACUGGCGCCAACGCACGAUUCAGCUGAACAACCUUGUACUACUCCUGGUUAACUACUGCAUGUUUAGCAACUUCUUUGUUCAGUCUGUUGCCUCUAGUUCAUUAACGUGGCGGGGUGUCGGGCUGAUAUCCCUUGUGGAGUUGACGUUGUACGCCGCGACAUGCUUGGUGGGAUGGCUGCUGGCUUCGCUGAUUGCGUGCACACCCGAGGAUCGAAUUGCGCUUUUUUUUACGUUUGUCACGAAGUCUGAAGUUCUUGUCGUUCCCAUCAUCCUUCACCUUUUUCAGGAGAAUCGCCAGGCUGCCGUGAUACUACUGCCCUCAUUGAUGUACCACCUGAUCCAGGCGUUUGCGGCGGGGGUGCUGAGCUUCCCGCUGCGUCGGUGGCGGUACCAGUACAACUGCCGCCCCGGCACGACGCUACUUCCCCUGCGCCUCAGCCGCGUGAACCGUGUCCCUGCAACGAAGUCGUAG